CUAAAGGCAGUUGCGUGGAAGUGACACCUCAUAUUAUAGCAGUAUCAAUUAAGUUCUCCAUAUGCAUGAUCUCAACUAGCGCGGAAGAUAAAAAGCUCUAACAAAUAAGCCUGAAACAGUGGGUGUGAUUACAAUGAGUUUUACAGAGGAAAAAUGUCUGCCGGAUACAGAAACAGAAUUAUUUAAUUCAAACGUAUUGGAACGGUUAUCCUUAUCACAUAUCGAGGGUUUAUUAAUUAGACCUUUAAAAUCUGGCGAUUACGAUAGAGGUUUUCUUCAGCUCUUAACUCAAUUAACUGAAGUUGGAAAUGUCAGUAGGGAACAAUUUCUAAAUCACUUUCAUAUGAUGAAAAGUACUGGUAGCUAUUAUAUUAUUGUAAUAGAAGAUGUAAGUAUUGGAAAAAUAAUAGCAAGUUCAACAUUAGUUGUAGAGCAGAAAUUUAUUCACAACUGUGCUUUGAGAGGACGUUUAGAAGAUGUGGUAGUCAAUAAUAAAUAUCGUGGUAAGCACUUAGGAAAGCUGAUAGUCAAAAUUGUAUUACAAUUAGCACAUUACCUACGGUGUUAUAAAUUGUCAUUAGAUUGUAAAGAUCAUCUUAUACCAUUUUAUGAAAGUUUGGGUUUUAAGCGUGAACCUAGCAAUGCCAAUUGUCUUAAUAUGAGAUUCCCUAUUGAAAGUACUGCGGAACAAUCUCACUUAUGA